UCGGGCGAAGCUCCAUGCGAGAUCCGAACCCAGGGACUGAAAAAAGUGCCUGCAUUUGUCGUCCGGACGUUGUGCAUGCACUCGUGGAAAGGACUCUUCGGUCUUGAUUUGUUACCGGUACGAUGCAGUCGUCGUACUGCAGCGGAUCUGGGUCUGCGAAUCCUGUGCAUUCUUGAGGCGGCGUGCCCAUAAAUGGUCGGUUAUGAUGUCUACGACUUGAAGUACGUACUGCGUGAAACAUGAUCGGUGCACGGCCGGAGCAGAAGAAGAAUCGAGCGUUUCGUGGCCUGUGUGUCUGUUGAGGAUCUUUGCCGAAUGUUACUGUGAGAAUGCGAGUGGUGAGUUCUGGGCACUCGAAAAGUAGUAUCCAUCCGUUUGGCAACGAUUUGUGCGAGGAGGUCCGAGGAGAACUAGACUCUCACGGUUACUCACAAUCACGACGCUUUGAUGCGGUGAACAUGUUCGAGACAUGGCUCAUGACGGAACAUGAAUAUCCUUUCCUUGCACGUUUAAACGAUGGCACUUGAUUUUCAAUCCAGUUCCGGUUGAUGUUCAGAUGACCCUUCCUUCCUUCCCUUUCCUGGUGUGAGAGAGACUUGUGUGUCCAGAGGUCAUAUCAGCUGGGGGAACAAUUUCAGCGUAACCAGGUGCAAUUUACAAACCGCUGACUGGCCCUGGGUUGCUAUGGUCUGAUUCAUAACAUCUUCAUUCCGGAUCUUUUCUGUUCCUCUGGGCUUGUGCACAGUGUCACCUGCGCUACUCGGAGCCAAAUAGGUCGAGUCUGGAAUGACACAUUCAACUCAUUUUUUCGAUGGCGAGGCCGGCUGAGGACACACAAGGGUACUUUGUUGAAGUAGGAGGCGUGGACUCGUAUAUUCUCAUCGUAUGUGUACCGAUUCAGCGUUUAAAACGAUAUGAAUGUCUCAAUUCUCUGUAACUCAGCCGUGAUCAGUCCUUUUCGUGGAAUGAAUGUUUCAGUAGCGUGUGAUUCCGAUAUCUCGAAUCGCCCCGUCAUCAACUACACCCUGAAGAAGAAGCUCUAUGGAGGGCGACUAUCUAACAUUUACCUGACAGGUGAAUCGAUACCUCAGGAUGAUCAUCUCGUGAUCUAAAAUUGCCGAGGUGUGAUGUCAAAACCGAUCAACACAAUCACGAAGCUCAGACUGCUCCAGAACCCGUUCAAUUUUCUGGAAACUGUGAUGUUCAUGAUCAGCCAUAUGAGUUCAUGGUAUACUAGACAUUGUCAAGUGGAAUAUAUGUGACGGAACUACAAAGGUCACUCUAAGCACUUGCACGACAGCAAGUAGGGAAGGUUUUGCUGCUUAGGUUUGGAUUGAUAAACGUGACUAGUUACUGGUCUGCUUGCCAUGUGUUCUCCAUGCGUGAUAUUUAUCUCGUAUAUCCCAUUGACCUUAAGAUUAUGUUUGCCACUGCCUUUUGCUUCCUGCAAUGUACGCAUAGGGUGCUCAUACCGGAAUGAACCUCUACAAGUUUAUUCUACUAGUCUGAGUGGCUAGAUGAUGAUUAUAUACAAAUAACGAAGCACUAUGCGUGCUAGUUCCGACUUGUGUGUAAGACAUGGUAUCCAAGCAUUUCGCUGUAUGUUCUUCGAUGUAGUUUGUAGGUUAAAUGUGGAGUUGCUAGUGAGUGGUUAGUUUAUUUAUGGAGUUAGCAAUCAUGUCAAGUUAAAGGAUAUGCCUUAUAAUCUAGUAGCAAGCUAAAAGUUUCCAGUAACUUCAUCCUAUGGAGCUUUCCGAUCAGUAACAGCUUGCUAGAAAAGUAUGCGUGGGAUGACGUGAGGGGUGAAGAAAUCAAGCCCAAAGUUGGUGAUACUCAUAUGCUAAUCGAUUAUGAGAAGAAGGCCACAAAAGAGUUUCUACUUCAGUCUGAAUAAACCGAG